AUGCACAGGUGGCUGAGGGAUGAGGUAGAAACCAUCCCAGCUUUGAUUAAAGGGUAUCUGUAUAGUUUUGCUGGUUAUAAAUUACUUAGGAAUAGUAAACAGAGAAGAAAGUUGAAGUACCUCAGGGGAGAGAAGCUUGGGGAAGAAAAAGUGAAAAAAUGUGAUGAAGGGAAGUCAAAGUUUGUCUUAGCAAACCUUGAACACUACACAAACCACCCAAAUUUGAUCCAGUAUUAUGAACCUAUCAAGGUCACAGAACCGCAGAAGUUAUUGGGUGGAAACCAAAAAAUCAAAAGAUUCAUGUCCCGAGUGACAGAGUUUGACCAGAAUAAGACCUUACUGAUUAUGACCAACAACCCACCUCCUAGCCCAGUCAAUUGGCAAGGAAAGGACAACCCACCCUGCUACUUUUCCCAGGAGCUGCUUGUCAAGCCACAGGAGCAACAGAAAAUCACAAGUCUAACUGGUCUCCCUCUGAUGAAGAAGAAAUUAAAGACUGAAUCCAGGACUCCCUUUCCUGUAGUAAUAUUGGAGGAUGCUAAACCUAAGCGGGAGCAGUGGUACAGGUUUUCCACCAAAGCUGAUUUCAAGGGUGAAGCCAAGUUUUCAAAGCUCCAUGCCCUAAAGAAGCAACAGGAAACGUAUCCUGAACUUUCCUUUGUUCCAGAUUUUUGGUCAGGGGCAAGGGACGCGGCCACCAGACGGAGGAUCUCCAUGGUAACCUGGGAGCCGCUGACCCUCGCUACACUCCUGGAAGAGAAGCCCACCCUGACAGUGCCCUUGCCAGGACAGAGCCCUUUCCGCUACGGGAGGGCCCCGCAGUGGUUCAUAAACACGACGUCGGUUCCUAACUGA